AUGAUCCAGCCAAGGGAAUUAUCAUGGAUUGAAUGUGCUAACAUCUUAGUACAACAUUCAGACUUAGAAGGCGAUGAAACUUAUAACUUCAACAAAUUCCUUCUUUAUGAACCACAACCAGGUCAAACUGUGAACGAUUAUCUUAAUCAAAUGAGAAUCUUGUUCAUGUCAAUUAUGGAUCACCAUAAUAAGAUGGUUACAUUGAAAGAGAAAGUUAAGGGAGCACUUCGUCGUGAUUUCCCAGCGUUAUUAGCACCUGAGAAAGAGAAUCUCAGACGUUUAUCAAGUCCUUCAUUUUACUUUACUUAUGUUUUCCAAGUGUUUGGACAUUUAACUUUCCCGGGUGAACCAAUCAAUCAGUCACUGUUUGACAUCCAUGCUCUCCAACGUUAUCCAACCAAAAGAUAUCCAAAGAGAGAUCAGAGAGAUAACUCACACAACAACCAACGGUAUUACAAACAGAACCAAGGGUAUUCCACAGAUCAACAUGGAUAUUCAAAGGGUAAUAAGAAAUCUCACUCAUUCAAGAAUCAGAAAUACCAGAACAAACCAAAUGGUCAACAAAAGUUCAACAAGGGAUAUUAUUAUCAUAGCAACAACAGAUACUAUAGAAUCAAAGGAGAAUGGGAUGGACAAACUCCAAGAUUUGAAAAGGUGACUUACAGAAGAGAAUCUGAUGACGGCACAACUAUCAACGUGAUUGAAGUUUUUGAACCAGUAAAUGAAGAAGAAGUCGAUGGAAAUACUGAAUCAGAAGAUGAAGGGGAAACUGGAAUCAACAUUAUGGAGAUUAAUGAUCGUUUUGAAGAAGUUGAUUCGAGUGAUGAAGAAUCUUCGACGGACUCAGAUGUCAAUUAUGAUGUGUAUGAGAUGGAUUCUGGUGCUGAGGCAAACUUUAUCGAUGAAGAAUUAUUAUGGUUAUAUCCUGGAUAUAAGAAGUUUGCACUUAAGAAACCUAUUAUUGCCAAAUCAGCGUUAAGAGGAACCCAGAAAGUUACAUUUGCUGCUAAGAUAAAUUUACCAAAACCAUUCAGAUGCACAUUGACAUUUUAUGUUUUACCGAAUCUAGAGAAGAUCAUUAUUGGAAAACCUACUUUGAGAAAAUGGAAAUACCAAACGACUGAAAACGGUGAUCAUUUAGACAUCGAGGGACGUCUGUUUACGAUUGCCAAUCUUGAAUUAGAAGAGAGUAACCUACAUAAACUACGCAAGAAUUUAGAAUCUGAUUUAUUAGCCAAUUUUCCACAGUUAUUUGCUACUGAACCACGACCACCCAAAGAAAGAACAUUCAAAUAUGAUAUCAGGACAACUGAUGAAAUACCUGUCUUAUCUCCAGCUUAUUUUGCUACUCCCGAAGAAAAGAAGUAA